GUGACAGAGGUGCUGGUUACACUUUGCGGCUGCUGAUGUGACAAGGCGAACCCGCUACGGCUAAGUGUUUCUGUUAGCCGGGUUGUUGACUUUCGCACUCCCCUCGUUCGUCCCCGGAAUCACAGCAGCGACACGAACAUGGACAAUAGCGGGAAAGAAAAAGAAGCGAUGGCCUUAAUGGCCGAGGCCGAAAAGAAGUUAAAGUCCUCGCAGUCGUUUUUCGGAGCGCUGUUCGGGAGCUCCUCCAAACUCGAAGAGGCCUGCGACAUGUAUGUGAGGGCAGCCAACAUGUUCAAAAUGGCCAAGAAUUGGUGUGCUGCAGGAAAUGCGUUCUCCCACGCCGCUCGCCUUCACCUGCAGAUGCAGAGCAAACACGAUGCGGCAACCAACUUCAUAGAUGCUGGAAAUGCCUUCAAAAAAGCAGAUCCACAAGAGGCCAUAAACUGCCUAAACCGAGCUAUUGAGAUAUACACAGACAUGGGGCGCUUCACCAUCGCAGCCAAACAUCACAUCACCAUUGCUGAAAUAUAUGAGACAGAGCUGGUGGACAUCGACAAGGCCAUCGCUCAUUAUGAACAGGCUGCGGAUUACUACAAAGGGGAAGAGUCCACCAGUUCGGCGAAUAAGUGCCUUCUGAAAGUAGCGACCUACGCAGCUCAGCUGGAGCAGUACCCGAAAGCUAUUGAGAUCUACGAGCAGGUCGGAACCCAUGCAAUGGACAGUACGCUCCUGAAAUACAGUGCCAAGGAUCACUUCUUCAAGGCAGCGCUGUGUCACUUCUGUGUAGACAUGCUGAAUGCAAAGCUCGCUGUGCAGAAGUACGAAGAAAUGUUUCCAGCCUUUUCAGACUCAAGAGAAUGCAAACUGAUGAAGAAACUUCUAGAUGCCUAUGAAGAGCAGAAUAUGGAUGCCUAUACUGAUUCGGUGAAGGAAUACGACACGGUUUCCCGGUUGGACCAGUGGCUCACCACCAUGCUUCUACGCAUCAAGAAAACCGUACAGGACGACGAGAGCGACCUUCGCUGACUUCUCUCCGCGCUCUUCCUCGAGCCCCCCGACAACCCGACUUUACAUCCUUCGUUUUGCCUUCGGCCUGUCACUUCCAUCUAACAGCAAUCUUACAAUCUCGUGACCAUUAGCCCUUGUAUUCCUGCACAGACACCCUUCCCUUCCUACCUUCUGCAGUAUUUUUUCCUUGCCUUUUCAAUCCAAUCAACUCUCUCAAAAUGUGUGGUCUUUACAGUUGCAAACACUAUUUUCACACGAGUGCACACAUUGUUAGUGGUAUAUCAUGAUGAUACAUGUAUCGGCCCAAUAUAAGUCAAAGUUUUCCUUAACUGGGCUGCAAUACCAAAUACUCAUACCAGCAACACUUGCAUAAUAAAGGGUUUGUUUUAUUUUCAUCAUUGUGAAAAUGGAUUGGGAGGUUGCCAACUUACAAACACUUUGACCUACAAAAUCUAUUUUCCAGAAUGCGCUUCAGAAUAAAACGAAACUAAAGCAGUCAUAUCAGGGCGUAUCUAAUUUAAACAGCACUUCAUCUCAGCUGCGGGGCUCCUCCCCCCUCUGCCUUAUACUGCGAAGUUCUCAGGAUGUCAACAGCUAGAUUUGAUGAAAAAUGAAUAACAAUAACAUUAGUAGCAAUGCUUUUAUCAAGCGUUAUUGAAUAAUUUGCUCAUUGUUUUUGUCACCUCCAUUUAAAGAGCUUUUAUUCCACAAAAGAAGGUGGAAAAAAUACAUUGCAAACACUUACAUGGUUUCAAACUAAAGGCCGUUUUCCAAAGUAGGAAAGUAAUUUUUCACUUUUUUUUGUUAUUGUCUGAUUUGUGUUUAUUUUCUGUCAUAACUAAACCAGGCUGUAAAAAACAAACAGAUGCAAUAUAUGGAAGAAAAAGGAGCUUUACUGAUCUGAACACUGUGCUCAUGUAUCCUCCUAAUGAUGUUUUUUGUCAAUAGACAAUUUGGUCUUAAAUAAUUUGUAUAUCACUGAUGUUUCCUGUCAAAACAAAAUUUGAAUAAACCUGUCCCAAGUACAGCA